AUGUCUACUAUCUUUUAUUUAGCCGUGGCCUUGGUGUUCUACUUAGUUUUUUCCCAAAUCUACCAAGUCCUAUUUAGCCCUCUCUGCGCUAUCCCGGGGCCUUUUCUUGCGCGGUGGACUCGACUCUGGGAACUUUUCAAGGUAUGCCAGGGUAAUUUUGAGAAGACCAACAUUGAUUUACACAAGCGCUACGGCCCGAUUGUUCGUAUUUCUCCCCAUGUGUAUAGCAUCAAUGAUCCAGAAGCUAUCCGUCAAAUUUAUGGAGCUGGGUCAGCCUUCACAAAGGCUCCAUUUUACUACGCCUUUGGAAAUCCAGACAAAGUCCACGCAGACUUGUUCUCAGAAUUGGACAAUGGCCGACAUGCAAUCAAGCGGAGAAAGCUGGCAUCGCUCUAUUCAAUGAGCUCGCUGAUCAACUAUGAAUCCGCCAUUGACGAAGUCAACAGAGAGCUAUGCGAGAAAAUGAACGGGUUUGCCACCACAGAAACGCCAUUCCAGUUUCCCGCAUGGAUGCAGUUUUAUGCUUUUGAUGUCAUCGGGAAAAUAACAGUUGGAGAAUCUUUCGGCUUCCUUCGAAUCGGAUCGGACUGGAAUGGCAUCCUCUGUGCUAUCCAUGAAAGCAUGGUCUACGGCAGUCGGCUUGGAAUUUUCGCUGAGCUUCACUGGGCAUUAGCCAAAAUUGCCAAGAUUUUACGAAUCCCCAUUCCGUUUGACCUGGUAUCCGAUUAUAUCACAGAGAAGAUCAAAGCAAAGAGGAAUUCCGUUACUACUUCAGACAAGCCAGGCACGGACUUUCUCUCCCAACUGCUCAUACGAUUCCAUGCCGGUAAGGUCGACUAUACAGAUGUUUUCAAUUCCAUGGGGGCAAAUAUUGCUGCUGGCUCUGACACCACAGCCAUCUCCUUGAGCGCUAUAUUCUAUUACCUCUUAAGAAAUCCCGAGAAGCUUCAGAGACUAGAAGAUGAGAUUGACAGGGUGAUGAUGAGAAGAUCUAAAAGUGGGCCCUUGACCUAUCUUGAGUCACAGCAAAUGGUUUAUCUCCAGGCUUGUAUAAAAGAGUCUCUGCGACUUCACCCAGCUACAGGCUAUCCUCUCCUACGCGUCGUUCCGCAGGGGGAGCGAUGUUGGCUGGCAAAUUCUUUCCAGGGGGUGGUAGGGGUAAACCCCUGGGUUUCGCAACUAAAUGAAAAGAUAUAUGGACCAGGUGCCACUUUCUUCCGGCCAGAACGGUGGUUCGAAGGCAAAGAAAAGGUUUCGAUCAUGGAAAAGAAUCUCUUCACUUUUGGAGCCGGCGCUCGAACAUGCAUUGGGAAAAACAUUAGUCUUUUGGAAAUGUCAAAAGUGAUUCCCUGUAUUUUGAGCAAGUUUCGCAUUCGAUUCGAGCAAUGUGAGAAGCCGUGGGAAACCAGCACAGCUUGGUUUGUCAAGCAAAAUUUCCAGUGUCUGGUGACCUUGAAAGAAGCUCAGUCCAGAUCAAGUGACAAGGAUAUGUGGGCCCCGGAAUAA